UCCAGAGCGUUCGUUCAUCCUGGCCUGAGCUGAGCCCGCCGUGUCUCACUCUCAAUUCCCACUGCCUUUGGCCUCGUUCAGCCAAGACCGUUGUUCCAUCUAGAGGAAAACAUUUGCGAAACGUCAAAUCAAAAAUCUGGAUUGAAAAGCCUGGGCUAGACGCAUCCUUGGUGGGAAACUUCAUCAGUCAUGUUGGACCAAAGUCAAGUCAAGUCGGGUUUGUCCAAUUGGAAAGAGGCCGUCAUCCUUGUGGAUUCGUUUUUGGGCUGGGAAAAAGACUUCUAUCCGGGGAUUUUGGCCGGAGUUCUCACCCUCAAAUUCUUGAUCAUCUGGUAUUGGGAUCCGACCCUGUUGACGUUCUUAGCUGUGACCGGGAUCUGGUUGUCUAUUCUCGACUAUUUGGGACCCAAAGUGUUGGCGCAGGUGUUCAAACCCGAGAACUGGACCCAUGAGAAGGAGACCAAAUAUGAGGCCGUGUGCGAGAACAUUGUUUCAGGGUUGACCAAAUGCACGGCGGCCUUCAAAAUGUGCCAUGAGGCCAAAGAAAAGAAGCCCGUGGUUCAUUUUGCCGCCACUGUCACGUCCUUGUUGGUUCUCUCUUGGAUCGGGAACCGGAUCAACAAUUUCUUCCUACUCUUUCUCUUGGUUUUGGGGCUAUUCAUGCUACCUGGUUUGCAUCGGCGGGGUAUCUUGCAGAAAUAUUGCUCAACGGCCAUGCUGAAAGUGACGGAAGCUAUUAAAGGGAAGGAUCACCUCAAAAAAGCUGAGUAAAAUGGCCUUUUGCUUUCCAUGGGCAUUCUUCUAGUUUUAGUCGUCUUUCAGUCUUCAUGUAGCUUUCCACUCCACCCAACCUGUCUUUAUUCCUUCUCUUUUUCACCUACAUUUCCAGAAUAAUGCAAUAAAAUCACCCAUAGGUUUUGAAAUUGCUGCUUCUCAGGACAAUGCAGUCCUCUGUUUUUUAACAAUACCCUCUGAUUGAGCCCGUUAUGCUUAAUUGGUAACUUAUGAUGGAGGGGACCCUCAAAGUUAUUGAUGCGUGUCCUUGACGAGAACAUUGAAUCAGAAUACUUAGAAUAGUCAGUUGUGAAAUUGCAAACUGCUGCCAAGGCCCAUCUUCAAAAGCGCCAAUGAAUCUUGUACGAAUCUGUCCCGAAUUUUCAUGAUGACUGACAUCCCUUUCAAAAUGAACUGAUAAAUACGCACAUACUUAUAAAAUGAACUGUACAUAAACCAGGUUAUUAGAGGUUUUUAGCAACUGUAAAAAGGGCAUUAUUCACACCAGCUGGUUAUCCCUCUUGCAGUUUUCUUGGAAAUGACUCAACAUUCCUCUCCCCAACGAUCUCAGAGAAAUUAUUGUUCCCUCACGACAUAAUUUUGUCCAUGUAGAUAGCAACUACGUAUCUGCCAAAUAAACGCACAAUUCGUUGUCAUCUAUAAUUUCUUUAUCGCUUGACUUAUACCUUCACCAAGUUAAAAAAAAUCAAGAAGCCCACAAAAGUGGGGGGAAAGUUAAUCCCAACACUUGGAAAGUUAGAAACGAGACGGUAAUGGUUAGGUUGCGUGAGUUCAAUCUAUUCCAAGGGCGCACUUUGAACCAACAAGCAGUUGUCCGAUCAGUGUCACCAAAGCGGACUCCUCGAUAUAGAAAUUGUACCAUGUCAUCCUGAUACUUUUAAAGAAAAUCGAAAACCUUGGUCAAAAUUUCACUUUGAUAUUUGACGAAACUCAUCUUUGAACAAGAAUUAUUAUCUAGGUUGAGGCUUCAGAAAACAUGUUUGCGCUUUCUGCUCCAUAAAUCCGGAAGCACUCUCAACAGUUGUGUUGGUUUUUGUUACCAAGGCAAACAAGGAAGGUACGUGUGUGCAAAAUCGACGGCAAAAGGUUGUUCUCCCCAUGAUUCCAGCCUCUGUGUGGCCUCGACUUUAUCAUGUCUUCAUCCUCGGGCAUGACUACCGGCUCUUCUUCAGCCUCGGGCACACGGAUCCGUUUGCGUUCCCGCCGUUCUAGAUCUACGCAUGCCCCUGGGCCCGUAAGUCCACCAUCCUCGCCUGACAAACUGCUCGACACGCUCACCUCGAAUUGUCAUCGCGCUCCUAGUUUGGACAACCAGAAUCUGCCUUAUCCGUUCAAUUCGAAUGCUGCCGAAGAAUCGCCCGAGGAAGAUCAGAGUGAUUGGGAUCUGCCCAGUUCUCAGGUGAUCCCGAAGGCGGGCGAGAUCUAUUGGCCUAGUGCCUCCCCUGAGGCCAUCGCUGAGGUCCAAGCCAGGUUGUCGGCGGCCGAGUCCAGUUCACCCCCGUCCAAACGGGCGGUUGAGCAUGUCAAGACACCGGUGAUGCGGCUACGGCCGAAUAGGAGAAGCGGACAAUCCUUACGGCAACGCAAUGUUAGUGGAGAAGCCAUCCAGACACUUCGAUCGAUUUGGCAGGAAAUCCAAGCGGAGGGUAGAAAAAUUGAACAAGAGCAUUUGCUGGCCAAUGAAAUCGAGCCAUCGGAGCGGUCAACAUCCGUGGAUGAGCACGUCCAUAAUGGGUUGGUGGAUGAUGACGAUGAUGAUGAUGAUAUGUUUUUACUUCAGUGUUCACAGGCAGUGGAUAAAACGCCCAAUCAUGGUCAUCGUCCGAAGAGUCGUGUCCACGCAGUCAAAGAAAACGAAGGUGGUGUUAAGCAAGAUGCAAGCGAUAUUUUUAGUUCUCACAAUAUGACAUCGCCCGUCAAGGUGGUGAAGUAUCCCAAGCAUCGAGAAAAUCGCCUGAAAUCCCCUCCGCCGAUUAUUCAAUUCCCCGAGGUCACCACCCAUGUUCAAAAUGGAGCUGAAGAUGAUCCAUUUGGAGACGACGAAGACUCGUUCAACGAUCAUUUGAGUCAACUGGAUUUCAAUUCUCUUCAAGGGAUGACCAAAGGCGUCAGUCCCAGAACACCAACCUCGUCAGAUCCCAAUUUCAAGCGAUACCGAAGUAUUGAGGUCGAAUCCCCGUGGAACAAUGCCAAAUCCUCAUCGUCUCUUAGCAGCAGUGCCAAAUCUUGGACCAGAUCAUCAAGUACGCCCGAUGCACCUAAUAAAAGUAUGCCUGGGGGACGGAAGGUAGGCCCUCAUCCGGUCAGACCCGUUUAUUCAAAAGAAGAAAUUGAACGAAAGAGACUAGAAGCUUUGAAGAAGAGGGAACAAAACUUGAAGAAGAUCCACGCCAGGAAAACCUGAAAAAUACUUUACGGUUAGUGGGAGCCAUUCAUUCGGAUUGUUGGGAAAGUUAUGAUCAGAUUCAUUUCUGCGCACCGAUAUAACUUUUGCGGAUGUGUGGGAGCCACCUUUUCACUGGCUUCAUGUGUUCUGGGCCCUCAUGAGCACUACUUCUGAGGGGAAACGUCUAUCUAUCAUUCGGUGGGAAAGGUUUUAUAUUCAAUUCUAGCCAACGAACUGUCAGCUCAUCUCAAUUUGGAAUCAUCUGUUGAAUAUUUUUUGAUAACUUCAAUGGCAGUAAAAGAUAAUAAAAUAAGCCAUACCAAAACUAA